AUGGAGACCGCAGAGGGAAGGAGAAAAGAGGACGAGCACGUGAUGAUCUUCCCGUUCAUGGCCAAGGGCUACAUGAUACCCCUCCUCCACCUCUCCUCCGCCCUCUCCAGCAGCGGCGUCGCCGUCACCUUCGUCACCACACCGCAAAACUCCUCCUUCGUCCGCCAGUUCCUCCCUCCGAACCCUAACAUCACCCUCGUCCACCUGCCCUUUCCCAGCCACCCCUCCCUUCCCGAGGGCUGCGAGUCCACCGACCACCUCCCCUCCCCUGAUCUCUUCCCCGCCUUCUUCGCCGCCACCGAGCUCCUCCGUCGCCCGUUCCGCCGCCACGUCCGCCGCCUGUCACAGUCGGGCUCUCUCCCCCUCUGCGUCAUUUCCGACUUCUUCCUCGGCUGGACCCUCCACGAGUGUCGCUACUUCGACGUCCCCCGCGUCGUCUUCCACGGCAUGGGCGUCUUCGCCAUGUUGUUCAGCAAGAGCCUCGUCGCAACCCAGGCACACGUCGCCGCCGCCGCCGCCGGAGAGGAGACCUUCCACGUGCCGGGAACCCCCGAGUCGCUCUUCCUCACGGAUGCCGACGUGCCCGACUCGUUCGGGGAGUUCAACCCCGGUAAUCCGAUCUUGCAAUUUGCGAUCAAGAAUGCGGAAGACGACGAGGGGAGCUGGGGCGUUCUCGUCAACAGCUUCACGGAGAUGGAGAGCGACUACGUGGCGCCUCUGAUGGCCCACUACAAGAUUGCCGGCGCGUGGUUGGCGGGACCGCUCUGCCUCCGCUCCCCCCCUGCCGGCGCCGGCAGCGACUCCGGCGAGUGCCUCGGGUGGCUCGACGGCAAAGCGCCGGCCUCGGUGGUGUACGUCUGCUUCGGAACCCAGACCCACGUCUCGCCGGAACAGCUCGACAAGGUGGUGCAGGGCCUUUACAUGAGCGGCCACGAGUUCCUGCUGGUGGCCAGGACGGCGGGGUGUCUCCCGCCGCCUCCGCCAGCGGCGUCGCGGCGCCAGGGACUGAUCGUCCGGGGGUGGGCGCGGCAGAGGGAGGUGCUGGUGCACCGGUCAACGGGAGGCUUCGUCAGCCACUGCGGGUGGAACUCGAUGCUGGAUAGCCUCUCCGCCGGGGGUGCCGAUUCUGGCCUGGCCGAUGAUCGCCGAGCAGUCGCUGAACGCGAGGUUCGUGGUGGGCGAGCUUGGGGCCGGGCUGAGGAUGGAGCCCACUGGGCUGGUCCAUCGCAGUGA